AUGGAGUCCGUCCAGCGGCCGCUGUUCUUCCUCCGCCGUGUCGUCCUCGCCGUCGCCCCGAGGUUCGCCAAUCGACGCUUCGCCUUUGCCAUCGCCACCGUCGCCCUCCUCGGCGCCAAGCUCGUCCACAUCUCCGCCCACCUCGAUGCCGUCCAGCCGUCCGACCUCCUCCGCUGGGGCCUCUCCUUCUUCCUCCAGGACACCGUCGUCCUGCUCCUUCUCCGCGUGCUCUUCGACCAUGGCGCCUGCGUCACCGCCUUGGCCGUCGUCGCCACCGCCAUCCUGCUGACCCUCGCCGGCAUCAGCAUCACCUUCAUCGCCGUCACCGGCUCCGAGCUGCAGUGGCGCAAUGUGACCGUCGCCGGUGACUCGUCCUCGUGGAAGAUGCUCCUCACGGGGCUCGUCUCCCUCUCCGUCACCGAGGCGGCGCUGUUGACCGUCGCCGCCCUUUUGCAGGUCUUCUUCUACGUCGUCGCCGGCACCGCCGUCGACAUCCUUCGCUGGCCUCUCGCCCUGACUUUGCGACUCUGCCGCUGCCGACGGCCGCGAUAUGCCGCCGCCGCCACCCACGACGACGACGAGGACGACGACGACUACGAGCGUCUGGAGCGGCACGAGUUCAAGCACGCGUCGGAAAACUCGUCCGAUGCCGACGGCACCGUGAGCCCUUGGGAGGACGCCGAGCGCGAGCCGGCCCUCGCCUCCUCCCGCCUGACCUCGGCUCUUCGCGUCUUCGUCGGCCUCACCCUGGCCGCCCAGCUGCUCUGCUUCCUCUUCCGACCGUCCGACGCCUCGCUGUCGUACCUCUCCUGGACCCUGCCCCUGAUGCCCCUCGCCCAGCUCUCCUCGGCCGCCGCCUCCCUGACGAGCCUCCUCACCCUCUCGAGCAACCUCGACAACCGCACGGCGCUGACGGACCCGGUGCCCUUCGCCUGGCUGCCCGCCAAGGGGCCGCUGCCCGGCUUCGAGGACUGGUACCAGUCCGGCGAGACGCACUACAACGCCACCGCCGAUCCCCUGAAGCUGACGAACCUCGACGACGACCUCCUCUCCUCCCUCCGCGGCCGUCUCGCCGACGUGCCCAUCCGUCACGUCAUGCUCGUCAAGCUCGAGAGCACCCGCAAGGACGUCUUCCCCGUCAAAAGGGACGGCGUCGCCUGGGAGCGUCUGUCCAACACCUUCAAGGACAAGAAGCUGCCCGAGUCGGCCGUCGAUCGGUUUGCCACCCUGACGGCCAACGCGCGCUUCAUCACCGGCGACAACGACGACGGGCUCGCCGACAAGCGACCCGCCGAGAGCCCCUCCGCCUCCCGGGGCCGCGCCCGCGGUGGCCUCAACGUGAACAACUGCUACACGACCUCGACCUACACCCUCAAGAGCCUCGCCGGCACCCACUGCGGCAUCAGCCCGCUCGCGGCCGACUUCAACCUCGAGGAGAGCCAUCACAUUUACCAACCCUGUCUGCCGCACAUCUUCAACGCCUUCAACAACCUGUCGAGCUCGGCCGGUUCCGGCGCUUCCGAGGCGGCCCCGAGCGCCGACGGCGGAAGCCCGACGACGGCGGCGCCUGGAAAGCGAAGCUUGUUCUCCGAGGACAAGCUAGUCCAUCCCUUUGCCUCGUACAAGUGGAAGUCGGCCUUUAUGCAGUCGACGACGACUCGCUACGACAAGCAGGACCGCAUGAUGCCCCAGUUUGGCUUCCCCGCCGACAGCAUCAUCGACUGGUGGUACCUCCAGGACGCGCACAAGUUCCCGCCCGUCAACAUCACCGACGUCAACUACUACGGCAUGCCCGAGGUCGCCAUCGAGGAUUACCUGCGCGACGCCUUCGCCUCGGCGCAGAAGAAUGACGAGAGGCUCUUCCUCUCUCACCUGACGAGCACGACGCACCACGCGUUCGGCAUGCCGGCCGAGGAAAAGUAUGUGCCCCUGUCCGGCGACAAGGAGUGGGACGAUCUCUCGCACUACCUCAACGCCGUCGGCUACGUCGACCGCUGGCUCGGCAGGAUCCUCGACAUUCUCGAGGCCGAGGGCGUCGCGAACGAGACGCUCGUCAUCUUCGUCGGCGACCACGGGCUCUCCAUCGCCGAGCGCGGAAGCUUCACGCCGUACAGCAACCCGCACGUCGGCAACUACCACGUUCCUCUCGUCCUGUCCCACCCGAAGCUGCCCGUCGUCGACGUAAACGACGCCGUCGUCUCCCUCCAGAUCCUCCCGACCAUUCUCGACCUGCUCGUCGAGACCGGCUCCCUCGACGAGGCCGACGCCGCCGCCGCCCGCGCUCUCGCUCGCAACUAUGAAGGCCAGUCCCUCAUUCGACCGCUCCGCAAGUUCUCCGACAGGACCGGCCACGGCGACUGGCAAAUCACCGUCAUGAAUCCCGGCGGCUCCACCAUCGCCGUGCGCGAUGCCCGAAGGCCCAACUGGCGACUGAUCGUCCCCGUGUACGGCAACUAUGAAUGGCGCUUCACCGACCUCGAAAACGACCCGCACGAGAUGAGCCCGGUCCUCUCGUUCGACUUUGACGCCCUCAUCAACCGGCUCAAGAAGGACAAUGGCGAGGUCACGGCCAAGUGGGCCGAGGAGGCUGCCAGCGUCACCCGCUGGUGGGCCGAGGAGAAUUACCGACGCUGGCGGUACAAGUCUUAG